CUUGCUAUAAGAAGUAAGAACCUCCAUGUCCUUCUGCAAGUGUUUUCUGAACCUCAGAGUUGAAAAUGGCGGUCGCUACUGAUCCGCUCGGCUGCAUGCAAAAACUCGUCCAGAUGCUUCAGGCUCCGCCGUAUGUCGCGGCCGCCGUUCUGGGUGGUGUGUUGCUUCUGACGUUUUUCAUCGGAGAUUGGAGAAAGAGACGUCGGAGUCCUCUACCUCUGUUGCCGGCGAUUCCGGGGAUACCGGUGCUGGGGAAUCUGUUGCAGUUGAAGGAGAAGAAGCCGCACAAAACGUUUGCUCAGUGGUCCGAGACGUAUGGUCCGAUUUAUUCCAUAAAAGCCGGCGCCUCCACUGUGAUCGUUCUCAACUCCUCCGAUCUCGCCAAAGAGGCUAUGGUGACGAGGUACUCUUCCAUUUCCAGUAGAAAACUAAGCAAAGCCCUCACUAUCUUGACUGCUGAUAAAUGCAUGGUUGCUAUGAGCGAUUACAAUGACUUUCAUAAGCUGGUUAAGAGAUACAUAUUGGCUAAUGUCUUGGGGGCUAACGCUCAGAAAAGACUCAGACAAAGGAGAGACACCAUGAUAGACAAUAUUUCCAGAGAAUUGUUUGCUUGUGUGAAGGAUUCUUCAUCAGAAUCUGUUAAUUUCCGAAAGAUCUUUGAAUCGGAACUCUUCGGGCUGGCGCUUAAAGAAACGUUUGGGAGGGAUAUGGAGUCGUUAUAUGUCGAUGGGCUCGGUACUACGUUGCUGAGAGAAGAUCUGUUCAGAACUUUAGUGAUUGAUCCGAUGGAGGGUGCGAUCGAGGUUGAUUGGAGAGAUUUCUUCCCAUAUCUGAGAUGGAUUCCCAACAAGGGUGUGGAGGAUAGGAUCAGGAAGAUGGACUUUCGCAGGCGAGUGACGAUGAAGAGCCUCAUGGAGGAGAAGAAGAAGCAAAUUGCAGCUGGGGAGGAUUUGAAUUGCUAUUCUGAGUUCUUGUUAUCUGAAGCAAAAUCGCUCACAGAGGAACAGAUAUCCAUGUUGCUCUGGGAGAUAAUCAUUGAAACCUCAGACACUACUCUGGUUGUAACUGAAUGGGCUAUGUAUGAACUUGCUCAAAAUCCUAAACGACAGGAGCGUCUAUAUCAGCAUAUACAAAGUGUGUGUGGAUCUGCAAAGAUUACUGAAGAAAACCUGUCACAGCUCCCAUAUUUGACUGCCGUUUUUCACGAAACUCUUCGGAAGUACAGUCCAGUCUCGAUUGUUCCAUUGCGAUAUGCACAUGAAGAUACCCAGUUAGGGGGGUACUUUAUUCCUGCAGGGAGUGAGGUUGCUGUCAACAUUUACGCCUGCAACAUGGACAAGAAACAAUGGGAAAGCCCUGAGGAAUGGAAACCAGAGAGGUUUCUUGAUGAGAGCUAUGAUCCAAUGGACCUGUACAAAACCAUGGCGUUCGGAGGCGGGAAGAGGGUGUGUGCAGGUGCCCCCAAGGCAAUGCUGAUAGCUUGCACUACCCUUGGAAGGCUGGUUCAAGGGUUCACUUGGAAGCUGAGGGAAGGAGAAGAAGACAAGGUCGACACUCUCGGCCUCACUGCUCGCAAGCUCCAACCACUGCAUAUCGUCGCCAAACCGAGAAUCAACUAAUGGAACUUCCUCCGCCAUCCUGCAAGAACCUGGAAUAAAUAACUAUUAUGGGAGUCUUUGGAAACCAUUAGUCUUUUGUUUAGUGCUGAAGAGAAACCAGUGUGUUUCAGAUCAGUUUAGAAGUAAUUAUCCAUUUUAGAAACAGUAGGUGUGCACAGAUCGCAUUGAAAUAAAGAGUUCAACUUUUAGGUC